UCAGACGCGAACUACGUACAUAGACAGAUAAGAUCGCUCAAGCACAAGAUUUUUUCAUGACAUUAUUAUUUAAAAAAAGAACACCUGACAUACAAUUUAGUGAACGGUCUAACAAAUACUCUUUCUUAUAUCCCAAAAGCAGUACAAAAUUGAUCGUAUAUAUACAAAAAUGCACAAAGUAUUUUAUGGUUUUCUCAUAUAUGGAUUUCUACUGUUUGGAUAUGCAAUAUCUAAAAGAUUUCCAAGCUGUGGCGUCGAUGAGUACUGUACAAACCUUAAUGGGUGCCUACCCUUGAAGUACUUUGUGGAAUCGCUGGAAAUCAGCUAUUUCAAACAAAUAAUAUUAUGGGAUAGACAAUGUGGUUAUAAUAAGUACUGCUGCCCAAAAAAAGGCUAUCAACCACCCAAUGAGUCAUGCAUGAGGCUUGAUCAGUGUCUCCGGUUGACUGGCCAAACAGGGACGAUGGAUGUUUUGAAAUCAUUUAUAAACCGCAUAUGUUAUAUGGAUAUCGAUCAGAAAUACUUGCUCUAUAGAGUGUACGUAUCCUGUCAAAGACAAGGUAAUAAUAUUCCGAUAGUACCCGAUCCACAAUACAGUCCUUGCAAAUCCGAUGAGAUGUGUCAAAGCAUCGAAAGCUGCGACACUUUGGCGCGCAUUCUGCAAUCCCAUAAAUCUAAAAAGGCCAACAAAAUACGAAUGGAAAGGCGAUGUGGCAGAAAUACUUACUGCUGCCCAAAAAAGGUAUAUCCAGAGUGUCAACCCAAUGAAAAAUGCAUUCGAUUGAACAAGUGCCAUGAGAUCAAUAAUAUUUCGAAGCGACAUGGGCCCAAUUCAGUUGGUGACAGAUGGUGUGCUAUCGAUACCAGAAAGGAAGAUUCGGGAAGGCGCUUCUACACCUGCUGCCCUGAACCAGAUAACGUUCUGCCAUCUUCCUGUGGACAAGCCCCUCUAGACUACCGAAUGGCAAAAGGCAGAGAGGCUAAGCAAAACCAAUAUCCUUGGAUGGCCAUGCUUAUCUACGAGAAUACCACACUUCCAUAUCCAAACAGCAUGUCCGUCUGUGGGGGCUCCCUGAUCAACUCACGCUACGUGGUGACCGCUGCCCACUGUGUGGUCAAGAUUUACAGUGUGAGAGCCGACUUGGUGCUCAAGAAAGUGCGGCUGGGCGAGCAUGAUACCAACACCAAUCCAGAUUGCAAUGGGGAACACUGCGCUGCUCCCUUUGUGGAGAUCGACGUGGAGUCUUUCAAUGUGCAUAAUGCCUACUUUAAACCCUCGGAGCUUAAUAACGAUAUCGCCUUGAUUCGCCUUAAAGUGCCAGUUCGGUAUACCAGGGAGGUUCAACCGAUUUGUCUGCCGAAAGAUCCCAUCCCCUUAUAUAAUAAACCAUUGGAAAUCGCUGGUUGGGGUCAAAUGGAAAACGAACAAUCUAGUCAGGUGUUGUUGCACAGCACCGUUUUUGAAAAAAGGUACUACUGCCAAAAAGUGAUAUCGAUCUUUCGCGACGAUACACAAAUCUGCGCAGGCGGCCACAGUGGAGAAAACGCCUGUCAGGGCGAUUCCGGAGGUCCUUUGAUGGUAACCCUUCAUAACCGUGGCAACGAGGAAUUCGUAUAUCUGGCCGGGAUCGUUUCAUAUGGAUAUGGGCCUUGUGGUGGAGAUGCAGGUGCCUACACAAAGACUGGAGCGUUUUUCGAAUGGAUAGCAGCAAACUUGAAGCCUUAGUUUAUUAUAUGGGAUCUCAUAACAAACAAAGUAUUUUUUUAUUUUGUGACUGUUUUUUGCUUUGCAUGAAUUGUAUUUUAGUGAAUGUAUUAUAAUUAUGGAAUUCAAAGAAUGAGGCACGAUAACCAAGUAUGCAGGCAGAUAUGUUCAUUAGGUUAAAACCUAAUUUUAUUCUGAAUUUUAAUUUAUUCAUUUUUUUCUGAGUUUUAAUUUUAUU